AAGGAGUUUUUUUUUAAUCUUCCAGAAACAUUAAGUUUGGAUUUCCACAAUGGCAAUAAACACAGAUACGGAGUUUGCGAAAUCGAAUCUGGGGGAGAGCGGAGGAACGCAACCAGCCGAGACCGAGAAACUCCUCGUGACCACCGAGCCCACCGGGGUAAAGACCUCCAGCUCCUUCACGGUCAGUGUCGGGGGUGACAAGGCUCUCGACGGGGAUCAGAACGGCCACAGUCUGCCGCUGAGAUCCGGAUCAGCGGGGCAGCUCGGGUCGGCUCCUCUCUCUCCGUCCAGAGUGAGCCUGAGCCGCACUUCAUCGACCGGUAAUGCCGUCCAAGAGCAGCAGAAACCCAAAGACUACCUCAUACUGGUCAUUUUUUCCUGCUUUUGUCCCGUGUGGCCACUAAGCAUCGUUGCAUUGGUCUAUUCAAUUAUGUCCAGAAACAGUCUACAGCAGGGGGAUAUGGAUGGGGCAAGACGCCUGGGACGCUUGGCUCGCCUGCUUAGCUGUGUGGCCAUCAUCGUGGGCUUCCUUAGCAUCAUAAUCUAUGUGGUCGUUGCAGUAACUGGAUAGGAGGCAUAGUAAGAACGAGAAACCCAUCUACAGCACUAUUGCAAACAAAAUAAAAACCUCACCCAUGAUGUAAUUAAAAUAAGAUCUCCCUCUUAACAAUAAUGCCACAUAAGAUAAAAAUAAAUGAGGACUGUAGCAGCAAAAUACGAUCUGAUUAAAUAGCAAAUAUGCAUGCGGUAGAUUAGCAUGCUCAGUGAAAAAACUCCCAUAUGUUAAAAAGAACAGUAAUGGCUUGCAUUAUGUAAUGAGAAACAUUGCUGUUGUGGCAAGAACUCGUCUGAGGAUGGCACAAAGGACAAGGGGACUUUCUUUUUUUUUUUCCAAAGAUCGUCUUUGAAAACAUGGCUAUGCCCGGCAAGCUGCAUUUUAACCUUAUAUUACUCCUGGUUGAUCUUGCAUUUGAAAAUUAUGAACAGAAAUAUUUGCAACAUAACCACUGAUGUAUGUUUUAUAAAAAGAUUUAUAUGUGGAGUUUAAGUGACGGGAAUGAACUAGGGAUGACAAUCUGUUAGAUAGAAUCCUUGUCAGACUUAACAGAAAUGGUCAUUGGGGUUGGAGAUUUCAUUUUUGUUUAUUUAUUUUGUAUGUUUUGAUUAUUAAAAAAAUGACCAAAAUGACCACACGCACGCCUGAUCCUGUAUGUGAAUAACUGUCGGCAUUUUUCACUACUAUGUUUUUUAUCUGUAAGAGUAGUGGGUAUUUAAAGAUGGGAAUGUACAUCAUUGUCCAUUGUAUGAAAUGCUAUAUUCUUUCAAUGGCACAAAGUUCAUGGAGAGCUCUGCCUUUAACCACGAGGAUCCACUACACAUCUCAUACUAGCAUAGAGAGGUAGGACUGAAAUGUUACGCAUGCCAGCCCUCUCUUUCCUGACAAAAACUGCUGGAGCAUGGACAUUCAUCUAGAGGCAUGCAACGGCCAGCACCAUUCUGUGCCAAGACCUUUAUAUCAGUAUGCUAAAUAAAUCACAGGACUAUUCAUCUUUACCCUGGGUUCUUUCCUGGACAGAAUGCCAGUUUCCCUGUCAUAAAUCUCCAGACUUAUCCCUUAUUAAUAUGAGAUAUAUAUCAACAUAUUUAUAGAAAUAUUUAGGCAUGCCGUGGGUGGACAAAACAUUUUUUUUAUCUUCACCUAGAAUGAGCUUGUGUGUAAGGGACUUUGCUUUGACACGUCUCACAGUGUUUAUUGCAUCUCUGUGAUUGCUAAUUCUUCAAUCUGCUGAUAUUAAUAUGAGAAAAUUACACAAUCGGAGGUACAGAUACAUAACAGCACUUCUCUGGCUAGUUAGACUGAGUGACAGUUAAGAAGGAAAUGUCUAUUGACAUGCUUCAUUCAUACUGAAUUAAGUAUUUGACUGCCCUGUCAUAGAUUUCAAUGCACUUUUACACUUACUUUUCAUCAAUAUUCUCAUGUCCUGUCAGUACUUUUGUAUCCUAAAAAUAUACUUUCAUGUAUAAUCUCCUAAAAAUAGACUGUUAGUACCUAAACACCUAAGAUGACCGUUUCAUAUAUAGGCAUUAUGCUGUAUAAUGUACUGUUUUGUGCUUCUCAUAACUCUUUUGUUCACUAUAAGCGAUUAUGUUACUGUGUUGUUCAUAAAACCCAUUAUGCCAUUAUGAAUGAGAUGCAAAAAUGCUGCUAUGUGUCUUAAAACUGUGAUUUAUUAUGUACAACUUUGCAUUCUUGGUUCACUUGUAUAUCUGUUUUCUAUGUUAGGUUACGGUGUAC